GUUAAGUACCACGCACUUUGUUUUACCGUAUAUAAAUAACGUUAUCCCUCCUAACUAAUAUUUAAGGGUGUGGUAAGUUAUCACGCGUACGUUGAGAACAUGGCUCUUGGUUGUGGGUAUAAGUGUUUGCAGUGUUUGCUAAUUAUUUUCAACUGUGGAGCAUUCAUAUGUGGUCUCGGGCUGAUUGUGGUUGGUGCGCUUGGACUGCAUUCUGUUGUAAAUCACUGGAGAGAAAUUGAACCUCCACUACAAUCUCUUAUUAUCUUCAUUAUUGUUCUCGGAUGUUUUUUAUUGGUUUUGGGGGCUUUAGGAAUGUUUGGCGCAUGCACAAAGAAUGUUUGUUUAUUAACGACGUAUUGUAUUCUUUUAUCAAUUUUAAUAGUUGCUGAAAUAGCAGCAGGCAUAUUUGCUAUAGUAGAAAAGCCCAAGGUAAAAAAACACGUCACUGAUGCAUUAAGAAAAUUUGUACAUGAGUACUAUCGUGACAAAUAUUUUAAAAAAGUUAUUGAUGAAAUCCAACAAAAAGUGAGAUGUUAUUCUCAUCAUACAUGUUUAUUUAGUUGCAAUGCUGUGGCGCUGACUCUUCAGCAGAUUAUGGCGUUCCACCACCGGAAUCAUGUACAAAAGACGGCAAAUUAUUUGAAGAGGUAGAUUUAUAUAAAGCUUUUAUUUACGCUCCAGAGGCUUAUAUUCUGUUUGUGAUUUUGCUUGAUUUUUGAUAGUUGUGGCUUACUUUUAAGUAUUUAACAAGUCUGAGGAAUAAAAAAUGUAGCAGAAUUAGAACAAGCAAACACCAAAUGUUCAUGUCAAAAAACUACAUUAAUUAUAACACUGAAUCAUGUAUGAAUUUGAUAAUCUACUGGGAAAAGUUCAAGAUAUAUCAAAAGCUGUAUUAGUUAAAGAUCAUUUUCAACCAGGUUUCUGCAGGGAGAUGGUCAUUCACACUAGCACCAAAAUACGACUGAGUAUUAGAUGACCAAGAUUAAGUAGUCUGUUAGCCCAAUAACUCACAUGCGGAAAACCACCUCAGACCAAAACCCUCAGAUUUUUGCGUUAGAGAACUAGUUUAUAAUACAUCCACUCUUUCCUAGAACUAGUCCCCACAUCUAUAGUGUUCAUUCUACUUAAGUGAAUCUGAGAGGCAGGAACCGGAUAUUCUUAUAGCAUGUUCCAAGAAUUGCUAUCUCUACGGAAAAAAAUUGUAUUUAUCUCGAACGUCUUAUUUCAUUCGCCUUCUAAAUCACCUCAUUAUAUGACAUUUUGAGGGUUGACUAGUGGAGGAAAAAGGAAGGUAAUAGGUUUUUAAAUAAUUUCUAAUUAUGCGUCACAAUCAAGCCACCUUCUUAUGCAUGGUAGAUGAAUCUAAGGGUUUUAUGCUUUUCACCAACUAACUUGAAACUUUGGUAACUGUGUGUGAAUCAGUCCAUUGAAUCGUUUUUGAAAAAAACCCCAACAUGUCGUUCGAGGAUAAGCGUUCGAAAUUCAUGUACUUUUCUUGUUUGAAUCUGUAUACCACUCCACAAAGCGUGAUAUGAAUGCUUUUCUCUUUGUUUCUGAACUUCGUCAUCUCCCAUAAUGCAUUAAAAUCUUUAUAUAGAAUUAAAUGGUGGUGGGUAGUGGUUUUGAAGUCACAGUUUGCUACAACUAACAAAUUACUAUGAUCAAGAAGAACCAGCGGGGAUUUAUAGCUGUUUUUGUAAUUAUUAUCAUCUAUACAAAUAUGCACUAAACUAAACUGUUAAAAUUUUGCCGUAUCUCUGACCAGUUAAAUAAUGUGUUGAAAUCUUCUCAUGCAGCUCCGAAAUCAGAACGAAUCUCUACUUCCCGACAUGUUUAACUAUCAUCUGCUUGAUGCUGUAUAGCAGUUCGUGAUCACUCUAUGUAACUCGGCAAUCCAAAUCAUAAGUAAAGGGAGCCUUUUUAAUGUUUUCAAUAGUGAUCUGGUGAUUUUUAUUUUCCAGUCCAAGACUCUAUAACUGAUUCAUAUCGUACUUUUCUGACAGACAAAAGACUGACAUUUCUGAUGAAUAUCAAAACCUUAAUGUUCAAUGAAACCCAGCGGGUCUUGUUGUCAUUAAAUUUCAUCGAGCUCUUGAUUCUCCGGAAAGUUUUUUCGAUCACAAAUAACUGUUUUUAAAUUCAUACUGUCUGCUGUUCGACAAGUAGGAAGUUUAUGAAAACUUUAUGAGUUUUUGGCAAUCUUUUGUAUAGUGUUAAUCUAAACCCUAACUGAUGGAAUAUAUAUCUAAAUAAUAAACCGAAAUGACUAUUGAAUUCACCCGCUUCUAUAUUUUGAUAGUUACUCUUAGAAUUUGUGGUCUAAAAUACAACAAUUUUUUUCUGAUAUAUAGUACAAACAGGAUAAUUUUUCGUUAUAACUCUUCUACGCGGUAAUUACAGAAAACAAUUAUCACUGCAAGAGAAAAUCUCAAAGCUCCCUUUAUAUAUGUUACAGACUCUUAUAAAACAUAAAUUGUUCUAUGAUAUCAAGUACUGCAAGUUAUAGAUGUUUUGUACAAGCUAUGAAUGUAUAUAAAGUUUUCGAUUUCGGGAUACUGUCACUAAUACCUUACAAAAUCAAGAAUGUUAGCCUCAUUAAGCCGUAUAAUUUUCUAACUCAUUCUAAAAAUCCUACGCUCUAAAUAUGAUAUUACUAUUAGUGCGUAAAGAGAAAUAAACUAGUAGUCAUAUUGAGAUAUCGAACGUGCGUGUGAUCUAAAAUAUUUAGCAAAGGGUGAAUAUAAAUAGGGACCUCUAAAAGAGAAAACCAUAGUGAGACAAGUAUUCUUUUUACACUGUCCGUAGUCCAUCUCACUUAUGAUAAAGCGAAUUGGAUUUGUUUUGUGGAAUAAUAAUUAUUUUCUUAUUUCAAUAUUCUUCUUCGUUUUAGGGAUGCAUUAAAAAGGUCAGCGAUCUAAGCAAAGCGCACCUCAAUGCUAUCAUAGUUAGCGCGUUUCUGUUCGCAUUGGUCCAAAUGAUUUGUCUAGUAUUUGCAGUAUGUGUUCUAUUGGCUAUAAAGCGUGGCGAUGAUGAAUAGAAUGACAUAACGAAAACUCCCAAUGAAAAAAUAAACAGAAAACAACCAUUAAAAAAUUAGGCGAAAAACACUUUAAUUUUCAAAACAGCCGGAAAAUAUUUACUCAUUAUUUUUGUAUACAUUGGAGUUUAUCUUACGUGAGGAAUAUUCGAUUUUGUGUUUCAUCUCUUUCAAUAAACUCUGCACACCGU